AUGGACUAUGCAGGGAGACCUCCAGAUAAACCUCCAGAUAUUAACAGGAUGGAUCAAGAUGAUAAUAUAGAGAAAAGUAACAUCAAUAUAAAUAACACAUGGGACGAUACCAUUGUCUACUUGUACAUUAUAUUUCCUCUAUUUUAUCCGUACCAAGAGAUCUACGAUCCUGCCACAAACCAAACCAAACUACACAAAGAUUUGCCAAUUAGCUCAUGGAUACCCUUUGACGUGGAUGGAAACUAUUACAAUGCACUUCUAUGGGAAGAUAUCGCUGCCACGUGCUGUGCAGUCUACAAUUAUGGAACCGAUAUCUUCUUUUUCAGCUUUAUUAGUUAUGUUAUUGGACAACUGGACAUUCUUAAUUAUAUCAUUUUGAAUUUUGAGAGUUAUAAGGAGAAAAUUAAAGAUCAAAUUGAGUGUUAUGACGAAAAAGCUGAGUUUGUAACUAUGCAGCUUUGCAUAAAAGAGCAUCAAAGGCUAAUGGGGUAA